AUGGUUGGAAACUACCUUCCACCAACUGACAUUUCCCUUUGGACUAAGGAUAAAUUAGCUGAAUGCAACUGGAAUUGUAAAGGUCUCCAUGCAUUAUUUAUGUCUGUGUCUCCUGAAGAGUUUAGAAGAGUGUCAAUGUACGACACUACUAAAGAGGUAUGGGACAUUCUUGAGACAACGCAUGAAGGAACUAAAACUGUGAAAAAUUCUAAGUUGCAAAUGCUGGCCUCAAGGUUUGAAGAAAUUAGAAUGAAGGAUGAUGAAUCUUUUGAUGAGUUCUAUGCCAAAUUGAAUGACAUAGUUAACUCUAUUUUCAACCUAGGUGAGAGGAUUCCCGAGCCCGAAAUUGUGAGGAAGGUUCUUAGAUCCUUGUCCGAGAGAUUUAGAUCUAAAGUUACAGCUAUUGAAGAAAGCAAGGAUCUGGAUACAAUUAAGAUAGAAGAACUCGUAGGAUCCCUUCAAACCUAUGAACUCACCAUUUCACAACCGAGAAAAAACAAGUCCAUGGGCCUGAACACUGUUAGGGAAGGGGAGUCUGAGUCAUCUGACGUGGAAACUCUUAGAGAUGAGGAGAUUACCUACUUUGGAUUUGGGCACUAUAGAAAUGAAUGUCCUAACUUUAAGAAAAAUCUAAAGGAGGGGAGUAGAAAGGCAUUAACUGUGUCCUUGACUGACGAUGAUCCUAAUUUAAGUGAACAAAGUGAUUCCUCAAGCAGUGAGGAGGAAAAGGGCUAUAUGGCUUUUGUCUCUACUAUCAAGAGUGAGUCAGACAAGGAGAGUGAGACGGUUGAGGAGGAAGUGGAGAGUAACAAGUCCGGUGAUGAUUCAGAGGAUGAAAUAGAUAUACAUGAGGCUUAUCAACUUCUGUUUAAGAAAAGUCUCAAGAUCAAAAAGGUAAAUAAAGCCCUAUUUAAGAAAGUAGAAGAGCUUGAGAGAGAGAAGGAGAAAAUCACCUAUGAUCUUGAAGUCUCAUCCAAGAAUCUCAAUGACUUGAAGUGUGUCAAUGAGAGAUUAGAGGAGAGGGUCAAGACAUUGACUUGUGAAUUAGAGAAAUCCAAUACUCAACUACAGUCAUUUGUGAGUGGAACUAAGAAACUAGACAAUCUGUUAGGAAUGAACAAACCAACUGGAAAUAGUCAAGGUCUAGGAUUUUUGAAGAGCGAUAGCAAUGUGUCUAGUUUAUCAAAGACCACACUUGUCCCCGUUUCCAACAGAUCUAAUGUUUCAACAAAUCUAGAAUUCAAAGACAAAAAUUUUACUGGACUGAAGGCCACUAGAGCUCAUAAGAUUUCUACACCUAAUUUUCAUGAUCAACACUCACGUACAUCUGAACCUAGGUUUAUACCCACUUGUCAUCACUGUGGUACCUUAGGCCACAUGAGACCUAGGUGUCGAAAGCUAGCAAAUAGGAAUUGA